UUCAUGAUGACCUUUCAAUAGUUAUAAUUGUAAAGUAUAGUAUCAAAAUUAAACUAGUAGAGUACUGUAAACUAAAGAUUAGCAAAAAGUGUAACAAAAGAGAAAAAUUAGACCACUAAAUGUAUUUUAACUUUCAGACUCUUACAUUCCAGGUAGAAAUAAUUUUUUUUACCUUUGUGUUUGUAUAACAUCAGAAUAAUACACUGCAUUGUCACUCUAGAUUAAUAAUUUAUAUUUAAUCUAUUUUAAGGAUAAUGAAAUAAAUGCAAGAAGAUAGACAGCAAUUAUAAUCGAUUGAUAGUGAUUUAAUUGCAUUAGCAAUGCAUAAACUUUCAAUUGACAAUACAAAUGUGGUGGACAUUUUAAUCGACUGCAACAUUUAUUUAAGUAAACUGAAUCGUUCACAAUUGUUAAAAACAGCUAACCUCAUAGAUUUAGAUUUGAUAUUUGAAUGUUUAAAUACAACUGAUCAAAAACAGAUUGAUAUCACUUGUUUAUUGCUCCAGAAACUUUUACCAAUUUUAGCAUCAAAACAUGCAUUUAACAAAUUUUCAGUCAGUAUUGAACGUUCAUUAAAACAUCCUAAUGAAACAGUAAAAGCCACAAUUUUAUCAGAAUUGGAAAAAAUAUUAAUUAUAAAUAAUGAUGUGGAUUUACAAGGUGAUUUGCCUUGUACUAUAGUUGAUUGUCUAACAAGUACUAAUAUAACUGUUUCAUACAAUGCAGUUAAAUGUCUUAAACAUUUUCCAAGCGUUGAAACUCUUUCAACUCCUCUAAUAGUAACAAAGUUACAAAGUUUAUUAGCAAUGGAUUCAAAAAUACGAACCCGAGUCCAUGAUUUAUUAAUUCAUUGGGCUAGGUCAGUUGAUGCUUUAGCAUUGAUUAGCUCCAAAGGUCUCUUUUCAAAUUUGGUUAAAGAUAUCACAUAUCCUGAUGUAAUGAUGCAAAUGGUAACAUUACAAAUGCUAAUUCCUUUGAGCACCAUAGAGCAUGGUUUUGAUUAUUUGAAUUCUAUUGGAAUUAUAAGUGGUAUAUAUCGUUUACUAAGCUCUAGUCCAAAUGAAUUAAAUGAUCCUUCAGCUGCAGUACUUAAUCCUAUUGUAUUGGAAUUUUUCAUUAAAAUCACUCAAAUCAAUCCACAUCUCAUUCUUACAAAUUAUCCAAAAGUGUUUGUUGUACUUUAUGAGGUUUUAAAAGAAGAAGAUAGUUCAUUAAUAGGAGUUUCUUUAAACUCAAUAACUUAUUUAGCAUCUUCGUGGGAUUGUAAAAUGGCAUUGGAUAUUCCUACAGCUAGUAUGACUUGUGGUUAUGAAGGUGAUGAAGAAUUAGACAUUUGGAGUGUAUUAAUUAUUGAGUUAAGUCGUAUUGCUUCUGGUACCAAAACUGAAAUAAAACCGGGGGCUAUUCAAGCAAUCACAAAGAUAAUUCAAUUAGAAGAUGGCGAACUUUCUUCAAGAAAUGAUAUGAUAACACGUACCCAAAAGUGGUACAAACAAAUGAAAAAUAAUCCAAUAAAAAGUAUUGUUCAUGCUUCAUGUGCUUUACCAUUCUUAGAUUUGCAACAGGCUGGAUUUGAAAUGUUGCUGGCUCUAGCCGAACAACCAUGGGGUCAAGAAGAAAUUAAAAAGUGUCCAGCAUUAUUGGAUCUUGUAUUGGAAAAUUGUCCAGCAGAUUCGACUGUGAUUCGUGAUUUGAAAAAACUUAUUAUCAAAACUCUCUUGGAGUCUGAUACAUCGAAAGAAAUAUUAGGAGAAGAUAUUUUGUUGUUGAUUAAAAAUGAUGGUUUUAUUAAAUCUAAUACAAGUUCAUCCAAAUCUGGUAUUACUGUAGAAGAUAUGGCAAUUUAAUAACGAGUUAUUACUUAUACCAAAAAGUAAUGUAUUUUAAUGUAUUUAUGUUUAAGUUUAACACCUACUAUUCAUAAAAAAAAUCUGUUUAUC